UUAAUGACGUCAAACCCCCAGUCUGCUGCCAUUCGGACCGAGCGCACGGUGCCCCCGCACUUAUAAAGCAGAAGCCGGCAGGCUGAGCUGGCCGAGAGGCGGCUGAUAUCAGUGACCGGAGAGGGUAGCGUGGGGGAGGCUAACCGCUAGCCUGGAACUCUAAUUCGCUUCAUAUACAGCAACUGAGGUGUACGAUGACGGUUUGAAGUUUGAAAUGGCACAGAAGGACACGCUAUUACAUCUCUUCGCUGGGGGAUGUGGCGGUACAGUGGGUGCCAUCAUGACCUGCCCCCUGGAGGUGUUGAAAACCAGGCUACAGUCCUCAGGCCUCACGCUCAGGCCAGUGUUCCAGGUCCAGCUGGGCACAUUGAAUGCAGCUGGUGUUAUUAGACCAGGUCCAGUCACACCUGGCCUCCUGCAGGUCUUACGGUCAAUUCUAGAAAAAGAAGGACCAAGUUCGCUGUUCCGAGGCCUGGGUCCGAAUCUUGUUGGCGUUGCUCCCUCAAGAGCAAUUUAUUUUGCAGCGUACUCAAAGUCAAAAGAGACCUUCAAUGGCAUUUUUGUACCCAACAGUGGAGUGGUGCACAUGUCCUCAGCAGGGUUCGCAGCUUUUGUAACAAAUUCCUUGAUGAACCCCAUCUGGAUGGUCAAAACCAGAAUGCAGCUUGAAAAGAAGGCACGAGGAGAGAAGAAGAUGAAUGCACUACAGUGCGCCCGCUAUGUGUACAAGACGGAGGGGGUGCGAGGCUUCUACCGGGGCCUUACUGCAUCAUACGCUGGAAUCUCAGAGACUAUGAUCUGCUUCCUCAUCUACGAGACGCUGAAGAAGCAUCUAGCAGAGAGUCAACUCACAACCUCCAACACCAACAGAGAAAAAGGAGCAUCCGACUUCCUGAGCCUCAUGGUAGCAGCUGCUUUUGCCAAAGGCUGUGCCUCCUGCAUAGCAUAUCCUCAUGAGGUAAUUCGGACAAGACUCAGAGAAGAGGGCAGCAAAUACAAGUACUUCUUCCAGACAGCUCGUCUGGUAGCAGUCGAGGAAGGCUAUGCUGCAUUUUAUAGAGGACUCAUUCCACAGCUUAUUCGGCAGAUUCCCAACACGGCCAUAGUGCUCUCCACCUACGAGCUCAUUGUCUAUCUGCUGGGACAGCCCUCCAAAUAAAGCCCAGAAUAACAAGCACAAAGACUCUUGGAACUGAGGUUGAAGGGGGGGUGGGAAUGAAUCCUGUUGCGUGAGAAAUGGGAUGCAGGUUUGCAACAUCCAAAGACUUUAAAAAGCUAUUUUUUAUUUGGAUGCAUACACACGCUAUCAUGUGGUGAUUUUGUUGCAUAAGUUUAUUCUGCAUCCUAAUUGACACUUUUCAUGUAAAGAUAUGAUUAUACAUUUAACUGCAAUUGUUUAUUGCAUCAUUGUACAGAAAGAGGUCAUCUGAAGAUACAUAGUGCUAUUAAGUUAACUAAAUUAUUAUUUUUCUUUUUUUUAGUGUUAAGUUUUAGUGUUUGUUCAAUCAUGGUUCUGUCCCACACUGCUGUAUGGUACUCGUCCAAAGAUGCUGAUGCUGAAAUUUCCUGCAGAGUUUUGGGAAUGGGAGCUGUUAAAAUGGAAAUAAGACAGGAUAGCUCUUUGGGGACCUAUUGCAUACUUACCUGCUCGCUCACACUGCAUAAUGUUGCAGUAGUUUUGAGUUCUGCAUCAUGUAGUGAUCUGGAGUUUGACCAAGUAUGUGUUUUUAGUUUUGUCUGUUUACUCUAUGAAUGUGAAGUCUGUCCUCUUUUACAAAAAACUAAACAAAAAUGCAUAUGCGACCAAUGGUUCAAUAAAGUGCAUAGUGAUGAAUAA